GACCGUGCACUGCCCAGGUGCAUACAGAGUCCCAGAGCAGAGGAGAAGGAGAAGGGAAAGGCAGGCUGCCGCAGGAGGUGUGGAAGCCACCGCAGCUUAAGGAUUGGAGGGUCACUGAGAGCACUGAAGGAGAGAAGCCUGGGGGGCAUUCUGGAAGCUUCCCCCCCCCACCGCAGUGACACCAGGGAGACCCAUUGGUACAGGUGGGGCCUCAUCAUAAAGGGCUCGCUGUGCACACCCAGCACCGCACUCUGGACUGACCCAGAACUGCCGCACUGAAUCCACACAGCAGCCCAAUGAGGACAAUGCCAUCCUCCAUCACCUGGGGCCUCCUCCUGCUGGCAGGUCUGUGCUGCCUGGCCCCCCGCUCCCUGGCUCAGGGUCUCCAGGGAGACGCUGUCCAGGACACAGAUGCAUCCCAGCACGAUCACGAGCACCACCAGGAGCCAGCCUGCCACAAGAUCGCCCUGAACCUGGCUGACUUCGCCUUCAGCAUGUACCGCCAGGUGGCUCACGAGUCCAACACCACCAACAUCUUCUUCUCCCCCGUGGGCAUCACUACAGCCUUUGCGAUGCUCUCUCUGGGGGCCAAGGGUGACACUCAUGGCCAGAUCAUGGAGGGCCUCGGUUUCAACCUCACUGAGAGAGCAGAGGGUGAGGUCCACCAAGCCUUCCAGGAACUCCUCCGCACCCUCAACCACCCAGACAACCAGCUGCAGCUGACCACUGGCAAUGGUCUCUUCAUUACUGAGGACAUGAAGCUACUGAAUAAGUUUUUGGAGGAUGUCAAGAACCUGUACCACUCAGAAGCCUUCUCUAUCAACUUCGGGGACACUGAAGCGGCCAAGAAACAGAUCAAUGAUUAUGUAGAGAAGGGAACCCAAGGGAAAAUUGUGAAUUUGGUCCAAGAUCUUGACAAAGACACAGUUUUUGCUCUGGUGAAUUACAUUUUCUUUAAAGGCAAAUGG